AUGCUGCGUCUUAUCGUAGUGAUUGUGUUUUUCUCGUUUGUCUCUUUGUUUUUCACUCUUGUGACAAUUGCUCCAGAAGCAAGGAGACAUGAUAUUGUUUCCGUGAAUUCCUCCUUUGUUUCAGAGGGUACGGUUACUGUAACACCUUACCAAAAACUCGCUUCCUUUGCGCUUCGUUUAUUUCUCAAAUUGGCUCCGGAUAUUCGCUUACCAAUAUAUGAGGACGAUACAGACUAUAUUGAAAUGUUUACACGUUUGUAUAAGAAUUAUACCGACAAUCAGGGGAAGCAUAUUGUCACGCUGGCAGAUUUAGUUCCUAAGGUUGCCAUCAAUCGAGUUGUGAUGCUGACUUUCACUGAUUCGAGCUAUCUUGAAUCAUUCUAUGCAUCGUAUGUUGUAAGCAAACUCGACCAAUACAGUAAUUUCAUCGUGGUAGCUGUGGAUAUGAACGCUUAUAUCACUCUAUCUAAGCAAGGUUACCCAGUCGCCUAUUUCGAAUCGCUUCUUCCAGAGAACCUCACCUGUUCGGAAUCUUCUUUCGGCUCCAACCAAUUCCACCUCAAAAUGGCCAACAAAAUGCAGAUCAUUCGGCAAGUGAUUCUGCUCGACCAUAGCGUUCUUCUCUUCGAUUCGGACGUCGUUCUCUUUCGGGACCCCAUUCCCACCAUUCUAGCUUAUCAAAACUACGACCUCAUCGCUCAGAAAGACGAAGGCAUCUGCGCAGGGUUUAUAUUCUUCCGCCCCACUCUACAAUCAUUACAAUUCAUCGAUCUCGUCUUGCAAUAUCAGCAGCGCUGGGUGAUGAGCGACCAGCCUGUGAUGGAGAUCCUUCGUCAAAUGCACGUGAGGCCUUCUCUGCGAUGGACCUUGCUUCCGCAGAACACAUUUAGUAGUGGCUCUGUGUUUUUUGAAUCGCAUCAGUUUUACUGGGACGCAAUUGAUGCGAACCAGGUGAUCAUGCACAACAAUUAUGUAAUCGGGUAUACCAACAAGAUUUACAGGCUAAAGGAGAUGAAAAUGUACCCACUAGACGUGAACGGCGAGUAUUCUUCCAACACUGCGCGCUAUUUGGUGCUUGACUCUGUUUCUUGUGGGUUUGCGAACCCCAUCUGA